GAUAGAGUAUUCACAACAACGGAAGUCAUAUCGGCCGACAUUGUGCUUGCUCAAGCAAAAUGCAUGAACCAUUUCAGCCUAUUGUUAGAUGUCGGCCUUCACUUUUCUGUUCAGUCUCUCGGUAUCAAGAUGAGUUCGAAGAUUGGCAAUUUGUAUAAGAGUAGACCAUUUGUCCUUGAAUUUGAACUUCAUCAGCAUCAUCAACACCAGCAUCUUCAGCAUACAAUCAUUCUUCUCUACUUCCCCUUUUCAUUACUGUGCAAUACUCUUUCAUUAUCUUAAUUCUCUCAUCCCUUUCUACCGACUCAGCUCAAUCAGAACCACAUCGCAAGUCAUUAGACAAAAUGAAGUCCUCCACCAUUGUCGCCAUUCUUUCAUUCUCGGUCGCUUCUCUUGCAGCGCCGACCACCUACACCACUCCAACACGCUCUUCGCAUUUCGGAAAGCGUUCUGAGCAAGAUGCCAUCAAUGACUGCCAGAACACAGGAAACCCUUCCCUGUGCGAACAGGUUGUCACCGCCGUUAGCUCCUGGGACACCUCUGUUAACAUGGUGAACAUGUUUCUCAAUGAUGCCGAGACUUCCAGCGGCGAGACUUUGAUCGAUUUGGAGAAUAUGGCUCUUGCUUUCGCAAAUCUUGAGCCCGGAUUUCUCAGCACCCUCGUGGGUACUCCAAACAUCAGCCCUGACGGCGUAUCAGCCGCAAACACGCUUAUGCAAGUCUUUUCUGCCGUACCUGGAAAUCUUACCCUUCUUAUCAACGGAGAUCAAUCUGUAUCUUCAACGGUUGACAAUAUCAACAAUGUUCGUUGCGCGCAGAUUCUGGGAAACAUCGGCGAGCUCUGGCAACAAGCCGCAGCGGCUGCCGGAGCAGACGUUCCCGGCACGCCACUGGGCCCAAACUUCUGCCCCAAGUCUGGUGGAAAUUCCGGAGAUGCGUACAACUAGGGAUUGACGUGGGAUCUUGGGACCUAAGUUUCGACGGAUACUUCGGACUGGCUCGGGUGGUCCUGCGAAAGUCCGAACAUGCAUGAGCGGGUGGUGUCUUGGGGGUUGUUUUUCUCAGCUUUGAUUCAUGUCUUUGUACCCCUUCUGUCGUUUCCAUCUAUAGAUCUAGCUGAAUUCUUCUAUUACGCUUCUUGGUUUUUUAUAUUCUCCCACGGCAUGUCCAAACCAAAAUAUUCUGGCCCACCAGUUUUCAAGCCGCGUUCGUCUCCUGUCCAAAGU